GCUCUCCGGGGAGGCCGGGCCGGGCCGGGCCGGACCAGGAGGGCGGAGGGCGGACACAGAGCCGCCCCACAGCCGGAACAGUGAAGCAGAGGCCUACAUUCUGAGAGCUGUGGAUUUAAUUUACGAUUCACUCUAUGCUAAAAGGAUGAAAAUAUGGGACUUAAGUUAUCCUGCCUGAAAGGCUUUAAAAUGUGUGUCAGCAGCAGCAGCAGCAACGAAGAGGCCCCCGUCUUGAACGACAAACACCUGGACGUCCCGGACAUCAUCAUCACACCUCCUACCCCUACGGGCAUGACAGUGCCAAGAGACGCGAGGCGGGCAGUGCGGCUGGAUGAGGCCGGGCCCUGCUCUGAUGAUGGCGAUGCUGAUGCUGAACUAUGAGGAAACAAAUGAAAGAGGCCGUGCCCAUCUCUGAUGCUUCUUGAUGGGACAGGAAGGUUUCCCUCUGAUUGCCUCUCAGGUGGUGGGUUUGGACUCCUGAGUACCCGACUUAGUUCCCUCCUGCCUGCACUUGCCCUCUCAGCACUGAAUGGCCAUAUGUCUGAAGGCUUAUCUACCCUAUAAGUGAGUCUUUCGGAAUGAUGGCGGCUCAGUGCUGAAGGCCUUGUGAUGUGAAUGAGAUGGCUAACCCUUCCUGAAACGUAGAGGUGAGGUGUUUUCCUCACCUGUAGAAUGGAGAGAGGAAAAGAAGGAAAUUUAAAGAAGUAGGUGGUGGUGGUGCCAGGGUCCCAUGGAGUCUCUCAAGCAGGAAACAACACAACCCACACCAUUUCCUGCCGGGGUGCUCCGGGCGUGUCCCCCCCAUCCCCCGGGAUUCUGCUCACGUGGGCAUGAGACGGUCCAUCUUUCUAGGAGAAACGGGGUGAGGGACUCUGAAAAAUUGUUUCACAAAUAUUUAAAAGGAUUGACUGUUGUUUAUAAGGUUUUUUAAAAUUAUAAAUAAAGAUAUUCUGAGGCAAA